AUGUCAGACCUCGAAGAACGACCCUCAAAGAUCCGCAAGGUUAAUCCUUCUGAAGAAUCUGCAGAGGCUUGGACAGGCAUCGAAACGCCAGUCACCGACGCCGAACAACAAGCGCUUGAAGAGAAAGUAGACCCAACAACAACCACAAUCUCAGAAGACGAAGAUCCCACGACGAACUUUAGACGACCUAGGUACGACAUUCAAAUAGAGUAUCCUCCUGGGAUAUCAAAAUCUCAACGUAAGAAGCUCGCCAGAAAAGCAGAAUGGGAGGCUGGUAAAGAUUAUCGAAAAGCCAAACGGAAGGAGCAACAAAAAGCGAAAAAGGAAAGGAAACGAGAAGCCAAAGCGGAGAUUCAAACUAAAAUCGAGAAUGGAGAUUUGGAAUUACCAAAACCGCCACCGAAAGCGAAUUCAGCGCGACCGGUCCAGGUCCCAUUGACUUUGAUAUUGGAUUGCGACUUCGAUACUUACAUGGUAGACAAAGAAAUCAUUUCCUUGGGGAGCCAAAUCACAAGAUGUCAUUCUGAUAACCGCAAGAGCAUGUAUAGAAGCCAUCUAUGUGUUAGUAGCUGGGGAGGGAGACUAAGGGAAAGAUUUGAGGGUGUGUUGACGAACAAUCAUCUGGGUUGGACAGGGGUGAGAUUUAUGGAGGAUGAUUUUGAAGUGGUAGGGAAGGUUUUGGAUGAGGUUAUGAGAGGUAAAGAGGGAGGUGUCCUUGCUGGUGCUCUUGCUGAGACCAUAGAUGGUGUACAAGAAUCAUCUGAGCGGCAUUCUGUCAUAGAGAAUGUGGCACCUAUAGAGCAACUCGAAGACACAAAGCCAAAGCUGGUGUAUCUGUCAUCCGACUCUCCUAACACGCUUGAGAGACUGUCGCCAAAUACAAGUUAUAUAAUUGGUGGCAUUGUCGACAAGAAUCGACAUAAAGGAUUGUGCUACAAGAAAGCAUGCGAGCGAGGCAUUCCAACAGCAAAAUUGCCAAUUGGGGAAUUUUUGACCAUGCAAAGUCGGACUGUGUUGACAGUCAACCACGUCGUGGAAAUUAUGUUGAAGUGGUUAGAAACUGGUGAUUGGGGAGAGGCAUUCUUAAAGGUCAUUCCAAAGCGAAAGGAGGCUAAGCUCAAGACGACUAGGAGCGAAAGUGAGAACAAGGAUGAUGAAGAUAGUGAGGGAGAGCAGGAUGUUGGGGAGGCGGUUCCAGAUGGUCCACAGAAUUCAAGAAGCGGCAUACUAACAGAACAAGUAAAACCCGAUGUAGUUGGAACGGGCCCUGAGAGGCAAAUAGCAACCGAGCCGUUGUAG